ACUUCCGGGCUGAGUUUCCUGGUGCCAACGAGUACUUUCAGACAGAUGAGGGCGGAUACCGCGGUCAUGGCGGCUCCGGGCCCAGCGCUCUGCCUCUUUGACGUGGAUGGGACCCUGACAGCCCCGCGGCAGAAGAUUACCAAAGAAAUGGAUGAAUUUCUGCAAAAAUUGAGGCAGAAGAUCAAAGUUGGAGUGGUAGGCGGGUCGGACUUUGAUAAAGUACAGGAGCAGCUGGGAGAUGAUGUGGUUGAAAAAUAUGAUUACGUGUUUCCAGAAAAUGGUUUGGUAGCAUUCAAAGAUGGGACGCUCUUGUGUAAACAGAAUAUUCAAGGUCACCUGGGUGAGGCUUUAAUCCAAGAUUUAAUCAACUACUGUCUGAGCUACAUUGCAAAAAUUAAACUCCCAAAGAAGAGGGGUACUUUCAUUGAAUUCCGCAAUGGGAUGUUAAACGUGUCCCCUAUUGGAAGGAGCUGCAGCCAGGAAGAACGCAUUGAGUUCUAUGAACUCGAUAAAAAAGAAAAUAUAAGACAAAAAUUUGUAGCUGAUCUACGGAAAGAGUUUGCAGGAAAAGGCCUCACAUUUUCCAUAGGAGGACAGAUCAGCUUUGAUGUCUUUCCUGAUGGAUGGGACAAGCGGUAUUGCCUGACACACGUGGAAAACGAUGGUUAUAAGACCAUUUAUUUCUUUGGAGACAAAACCAUGCCAGGUGGCAAUGACCACGAGAUCUUCAUAGACCCAAGAACCGUGGGCUACACCGUGAAGGUGCCCGAGGACACACGCAGGAUCUGUGAGGAGCUCUUCUUCUGAAGGGGCAGAGGGGAGUCCUGGUUACUUGUUGGCUGAAGCUGAGGGCCCUCAUGUUCACACCCCCUUCUGCCCCAGCUGGGCUGUGCCACUCCCCUGAUCACACAUAGUCUAGACCUCCAAAGCCUCAGAGAAAUUGCCUUCCACCCCCACUGCCAGGAGUAGCUGGAAGAGAGAAGAAAAUACUCUUUGAGAAUGGCUCAAAGGACUACCUCCAGUAGCUCUCCAGACUAAGACCUGCAACUUCCCCACCAUUCUAGGGUAUUGCAGAAAGAAACAAUGUGCCCGGACCCUCCCAGUUUAUGGGCCCGUGAAAACAUAAGAGAUGUUAGUGUUUGGACCCCAGUGUCAACACCAAAAAGGAAGAUCUAGUGAUGACAGAAAAAAGACAAGCCAUCUGCAGUGACCUACCCUGUGACAAAAGUUAGAAACACUUCCUGAAAUGAGGCUCCUUCCUGCAUCAGCUGGAGGGGGCUGUUGCUGUGGGAGGCAGAAUGAAGCAGGGGCUACACGUACUAUUUUCCAAGCUGCUUCCUACUGGCAAGGCUAAGGCCUGCCCGACAGGUGGCUGGCCCACAACUCCAGCCAGCGCUGUGCUCACUGCACUUCAAGUGGCCUGCUUUUCCAUGACUAUCAAGAUGGGCAGAAAUAGGAAAUUAGCAAUCCUAUGGAGAAUUGGCGCUGGCAGAAUGUUCCAUGCUGGGAGUUCAAACUUCACCAAAAGGACCUUUUCAUCAGACCUAGCUGGGCUUCCCAGAGGCGCUCACCCCUAGUUGCUUAGGUAUGGGAAAGAGCCUGGCUAGGUGUAAGAACAACCACCUUGGGCCCCUCAGCCAGUUUUAUUAACUGCAGCUGGGCCUGCAGCCCUCACUCCUUUCUACGCUCUGCAAGCUCUUUAGGAAACUGGAAGGAGGUUCACAGGCCUUGUCCAGAACACAGUGGAAGAGAACUAAAGAAACGGUUGACGUAUCGCUUUGAGGAUGCGGAAAUGCUGGGACACUCACACCCUCUGCAGACCUGUGCUGGGGUGGCCUGGCCUCUGCAGGGUGCUGCCUGCCUGAGCCUGGCUGCUCUGCACUUCCCUCCACCUGCAGCCCAGCUGGGACUGGCCAGACUGGCAGGAGCCCCUCAUCUCAGGGAUCCCUAAAACAUGGCCGUCCAGUGGCAUUUUUCCAUGUUUAAUUUCACAAAUGAUACUGUAAUGACCUUUCAGAAUGAAAGGUAGCACACUAAAGUGAUUUUAUUUCCUAUCUCUAAUUGAUUCCUUUUUCCUCCUUUGAUUGGCAAGUGAGCGGUCAAGUGAAAGAUUUGCAAUUGUAUCUUAGAUUCUGGAAGGCCUUCCAGAUCCGAGAGCCCCUCUUUCUUUGCUCUGGUAUUUCCGUGCUGUUAGGAGUCCCUCACUCUGUCCGCAUGUUUCACAUCCCUGUUCCUGACACGCAGAACCCCCUCACUGGUUUCCUGCGCACUCACAUCAGCAUCCACAGUUCCCUAGACAUUUCUUUACUGUGUCAAAUCAAGAUCACUAAGUCUUACUCAAACCUGUCUUAACCUUCCCUGAAACUCACUGCCCUGAGACUUCUGGCUGGGCCACCAUCCUUCCCCAGUUCCCACAGUGGCCACGUUAGACUCUCACAAACCCCUCAGCCCAUCUCACCAUUCCCCUCUCCUUCCCUCUGCACUGCCAGAAUUUCCUCCAUGUGGUUGGCCUUGAAUAAAGCCCAGCAGCUUGCUGAUGCUAUUAGUUUCAAGCAGGAGCCUAAAAAAUUAUUGUUCUGUGGUUUGUUGGCCACUUCAGAACUUUGGAAUUGUAAUGGUCAUUUCAUUGGAAAGAAGCAUCUGGAAUGAGUGCAGUGGCUCAUGCCCAUAAUUGUAGCACUCCAGGAGGCCAAGAUGGGUGGAUCCCUUGAUUUUAGGAGUUAAGAACAGCUUGAGCAAGAGCAAGCAGGUGACCAUAAUCCCUGCUAUUCUGGAGGCUGGGGGAAGAGGAUUGCUCAAGCCCAAGAGUUUGAUGUUGCUGUGAGCUACCAUGCCAUGGCACUCUACCCAGGGCAGUGGAGUGAGACUCUUGUCUCAAAAAAAAAAAAAAAAGAAUAAAGGCUUGGCGCCUGUAGCACAGUGGUUACGGUGCCAGCCACAUACACUGAGGGUGGCAGGCUCAAACCUGGCCCAGGCCAGCUAAACAAUGACAACUGCAACAAAAAAUAGCCAGAUGUUGUGGCAGGCUCCUGUAGUCCCAGCUACUUGAGAAGCUGAGGCAAGAGAAUCGCUUAAGCCUAAGAGUUUGAGGUUGCUGUGAGCUGUGAGCCAGGGUACUCUACUGAGGGGGAUAUAGUAAGACUCUUGUCUCAAAAAAAAACCAAAAAUCUGAGUCAUUAAAAAAAUUUCCUCCACCACAUUGUGUCAUCUCG